AUGGCCUCCGCAGCGUCUGCUGCGCCGAACAUCCUCAUCAUCGUCGCCGAUGAUCUGGGCUUCAGCGACCUGGGCUGCUACGGCUCCGAGAUCCGCACGCCGCACCUCGACUCGCUCGCUGCGGCGCCGACGGGCGUGCGCCUCACAGACUUUCACACGGCCUCGGCCUGCUCGCCGACGCGCUCGAUGCUGCUCACGGGCGUGGACCACCACCUCACGGGCCUGGGCCAGAUGGCAGAAACUAUCGGGCGCAAGGCAGAGUUCCAGGGUCAGCCCGGCUACGAGGGCGUCCUGAAUGGCCAAGUCGUGACGCUACCCGAGAUUCUGCGCGACUCGCACACCAGCUUCAUUGCCGGCAAGUGGCACCUCGGCCUCACUGAGGAGGCCAGUCCGCACGCGCGAGGCUUUGACAAGUCGUGGGUCCUGCUUCCGGGCGCGGGCAAUCACUACGCAUGGCGGCCGCCUCAGGUCGAUGGGCAGGACGUCGUCUUCCCUGCGACGUACCGCGAGGACCGGCGGCUGCUCGCCCAGGACGAGCUGCCGACGCCCUUCUACUCGUCCGCCGUGUUCACCGACCGCUGGCUGGACUUCCACGCCGAAGCGCGCGCAGAGAGCCCGCACAAGCCGUGGCUCGGCCUGCUCACCUUCACGGCGCCUCACUGGCCGCUGCAGGCGCCGCGCGAGGUGUGCGAGAGGUACCGGGGCGUCUAUGCUGACGGGCCUGACGCGCUCCGUCAGCGGCGUCUGGCGGGGCUGGUGAAGGCCGGCCUCGUGACUGAGGAUGCAGCAUCGGCAGCCGCUCCGGCGCGUGAGCGCUACUGCGGCCGAGACACGUCCUGGGCUGCCAUGUCGGCGCAGGAGCAGGCCGAGAGCCAGCGCGCCAUGGAGGUGUACGCCGCGAUGGUCGAGCUCAUGGACGCCAACAUUGGGCGCGUCCUGCAGCGGCUCCGCGAGACUGGCGAGCUGGACAACACGUUCAUCCUCUUCAUGAGCGACAAUGGCGCAGAGGGCGCUCUUCUUGAGGCGCUGCCUCUGUGCAAGCGCAUCCAGGCGACGCACAACAACGCGCUCGACAACAUCGGACGCGAGGACUCCUUCGUUUGGUAUGGCCCGAUGUGGGCGCAGAGCAGUACGGCGCCGUCGUCCAUGUACAAGGCAUGGAUCACCGAGGGCGGCAUCCGUUGCCCAGCGAUCGUCCAUCUGCCGCCCAGGCUCCACGACGGCGCGUCGAUGUACCGCGAGCACCGCUCCGACGCCUUCACGACGGUGAUGGACGUGCUGCCGACGACACUCGACCUCGCCGGCGUGCGCCAUCCUGCGCCGCUGUGGCACGGCCGCGCCAUCCAUGCGCCACGCGGACGGACGUGGCUGCCGUGGCUGCGAGGCACUGCGGCUCAGCCGCACGACGACGCGGGCGACUUUCACGGCUGGGAGCUGUUUGGACAGCAGGCCGUACGGCAGGGCACAUUCAAGGCGCUCUUCAUCCCGCCGCCCGAGGGUCCGGGCCGCUGGCAGCUCUUCGACCUUGCGCACGACCCGGCCGAGGCGCACGACUUGGCGCCGGAACAGCCGCAGCGCCUGGCAAGCCUGCUGCAGGCGUGGGCCGCGUACGAGCUCGAGGUCGGCGUGGUAACCAUCGACGCCGAGCGGUGGCAGGUCGGCUAUGGCGCUCACUAG